AUGAAUAACAAGUAUGAACCAAUAUUAGAUAAUGAAUUAUUAUCUUCAAAUAAUGAGAAUGAUAAUUUUGCAAACAUAAAAAAAAAGAAUAAUGAAAAUGACAUGAUUCAAGACACUAGUUUAAAUAAUAUAUAUGGAAAGAUAGUUAAAAUAAGAAAAGAGUUAGAAAAAUCAUAUAAUUUAUUUUAUUCGUAUAAUUUAAUAGUAUCAAAUAAUAAAGAACAUGAUCAUAAUAAUCCAUAUAAUAAUGUGUAUGCAAGAAGUGAUAUUAUAAAUAUAAAUAAUAAUACUAAAAAUAAUUUGACAUUAAAUAAAAUAAAUGCCUUAACAAACUCAUUUUAUAUGAAUGUUCAGACUUUAAAAAAUACUUAUUCAUUUAUUAAUACAAAUAAUGUAAACAAUAAAAUUAUAAAUAAUGAUAAUAUCAUAUGGGAGAGAAGAAUAGAAACAUUAUCAAAUGAAGCAAAUUCUUAUAUAAAAACUUUAGACAAUAUUUAUAAAACUAAUUUAAAACAAUCUGAAAUGAAAAAUAAUAAAAAGUCCAACUACACAAAAAGUAAUAAAAGACAUGGUGAUGAUGAUAUAAAUUAUUUACAUAAGGAAAAUGAAAUUUUAAAACAAGUAGAAGAUCAUUUAAAUAUAUUUCAUGUUCAAGGAAUGAAUACAUUAAAUAUGUUAAGAAAACAAAAUAAAUUUUUAAAAAACGUUCGUAAGAAAGUGAUAGAUAUGUAUAAUUAUGUAGGUUUGUCAUCGUCACUAGUAGAUACCAUAAAAAAAACUCAUAAACAAAAUUUAAUUAUUGUCAUUGUAGGAAUAAUAUUAAGUUUGAUAUUUUUUUAUGUCAUAUAUUCUUAUUUUAGGAGAUGA